UCUUUUUAUUCCACCUCCCGUUCCAUUUCUCCUUUUUAGUUCUAAUUCUGAACGGAGUGAGUUCUGGCAUGGCCACCACCUCGGCCGCCAUGGACGGCGUGGCAGCAGCAGCUUUCCAGUCCGUAAUCCAACGUGUCCAACAAGCCGCCGAGCGGUCCGGCCGCCGUGGGCCCCAACAGGUUCGAGUCGUGGCUGUCAGCAAGACCAAACCUGUCUCUCUCAUCCACCAAGUCUAUGAUGUCGGACACCGUUGUUUCGGCGAAAACUACGUUCAAGAGCUAAUCGAUAAAGCUCCUCAGCUUCCAGAAGAUAUAGAGUGGCAUUUCAUUGGAAAUUUGCAGAGCAAUAAGGCUAAGGCUCUUUUGGCUGGUGUCCCAAACCUUGCAAUGGUAGAAAGUGUAGAUGAUGAGAAGAUUGCAAAUCAACUUAAUCGUGUGGUUGCAAGCAUUGGGAGAAAGCCUUUGAAGGUCUUGGUCCAAGUAAAUACCAGUGGAGAAGAAUCAAAAUAUGGGGUUGAGCCCUCUGGGUGUGUGGAACUUGCAAAGCAUGUUAGUUUGGGCUGCCCAAACCUUGAGUUCUGUGGCCUAAUGACAAUUGGUAUGCUGGAUUAUUCUUCGACCCCAGAAAACUUUAAGGCAUUAUCAAACUGCAGAACUGAGGUUUGCAAAGCACUAGGAAUUCCAGAAGAGCAAUGUGAGCUGUCAAUGGGCAUGUCUGCAGACUUUGAGCAAGCGAUUGAAAUGUGUAGUACAAACGUGAGAAUUGGAUCAACAAUAUUUGGAGCAAGGGAAUAUCCAAAAAAGCAAUCAAAUUAGCUGUUCAAACCCGAAAAUUUAUGGAAUUAUGUGCAUUAGGCCGUAGAAUUGUGGGCUUAUUCUUGUAACCUUUUUACACAUUAAUAUUGCCUUGGUGUACUAGGAAUUCUAUGGUAUUUGCUGGUUGGAUUUGUGAUUCUUACUCGAAUGGAUCAAUUCGACCAGAAUAAAUACUCCUUAUGAGCAUGUGCGUGCUGUUCAAUAAACAUUGGGAGUGCAACUGUAACCGUGAAAUUUAUGAGUGCUGUUCAAUAAACAUUGAGAGAGCAAUUGUAAACCCA